AUGCGUUCCAAAGAGCUUUUUAUAAAUGCCACGGGCAACGGCUCAUGCGGAUUUGGCCCUGAGUAUUGCGGCGAAAACUGUACAUCGGGCUGCAACCACAAGAGCGAGUGUGAUCCCAGCCACUGGGGCCCUCCAUACGCCAACGCUACGAACUGCCCCUUGAACUCUUUUUGUCCCAAUACAACUGUGACUCCGCCUAGCUGUGAUGUGAGCUCGAACACGACGCGGGGGAGGGUCGUGGGAUACUACGAGGGAUGGAAUUGGCAAAUACCUUGCGGCAGAAUGCCGCCCGCGGAGAUUCCUCUGGGCUACUAUACCCACAUCAUAUUCGCCUUCUCCAUGAUCGACAACCAGUCUUUCAGCUUGUCUCCCAUGGAUAGCAUCACUUCUACUCUGUUUGGAUCGCCGUUGGCGGCUGGGGGCAUGAACAACCCCGGCCCGACGCGAAAGGCGUUUUCCACCCUCGCCCAGUCACAUUUGGAUCAGGACCUCUUCUUUGACUCACUCGUCAGAUUUAUGCAGGACAAUGAUUCCGAUGGCGUUGAUCUCGAUUGGGAAUAUCCUGUUGCGGAGGAUCGUGGUGGUGCCCCUGAAGACUUGCAGAACUUCGUACGCAUCGAGCCCGCGGGUUAUUACUACAUGAAGGGCUUCAAUAUCAGCGGUCUGGAACCUCAUGUCGAUUGGUUCAAUGUCAUGACUUAUGAUCUUCAUGGUGAUUGGGACGCCAAUAUCACGACUGUAACAAAUCAUGCGCCUGCGCACACCAACUUGACCGAGAUAAACGAUGGAUUGGACCUCCUGUGGAGAAACAAAAUUGACCCAGCGCGCGUAAACAUGGGACUAGGGUUCUGUGGCCGAACUUUUACAAUGGAGGAUCCCGACUGUAUGGCUGUAAAUUGCCCCUUCAAAGAAUUAGGUCAUGCAGGUGGUUGCACCAACACAACGGGGGUCCUCUCCAUAAGCGAGAUCAACAAUGUCAUUCAUCGUAGGCCCGUCAAUAUUACGCUGGACGAAAAGGCCGCGGUGAAAAUUGCUACUUGGGAUACGGAUCAGUGGAUCAGCUAUGAUGACGAAGCGACCCUGAAGAUGAAGGUCGACUACGCUAACAGACACUGCCUCGGAGGAACUAUGGUUUGGGCUGUCGAUUUUGAUGAUGGCACCCUUAGCAAGGCGCUGAGUGCCAGUCUGGGUCGAGAGAUAUCUCCGGUAAUGCCUCCAUACGGGGCUGGGAACUGGAGCUAUGGGAACGAGACUCGGCGCAUGAGUUUUAAACUUGAGUGA